AUGGCCUCUAAAGAUGCACAGAGCCGAAGAAGCAGAGGUCUGCCUGGCUUUCUUCCCGGAGCUUCAGACCCAGACCACGGCCUUCACAUCGCACCUUCCAAUCCAGGGGACCAGGCAUGGCAGCGGGGUCCCCCUCUGCCAGGAAACCUCCCUCCUGGUCUAGAGUAUUUAAGCCAGUUAGACCUGAUUAUUAUACACCAGCAGGUGGAACUUCUUGGAAUGAUAUUAGGCACUGAGACCACCAACAAAUAUGAGAUUAAAAACAGCUUGGGACAAAGAAUAUACUUUGCAGUGGAGGAAAGCAUCUGCUUCAACCGUACUUUCUGUUCCACUCUGCGAUCAUGCAUUCUGAAGAUCAUCGAUAACUCAGGUCAAGAGGUGAUUACAGUCAACAGGCCCUUGAGGUGCAACAGCUGCUGGUGCCCUUGCUGCCUACAAGAGUUAGAAAUCCAAGCCCCUCCUGGUUCUAUAGUUGGUUAUGUUGCACAGAAGUGGGACCCCUUUCUGCCUAAAUUCACAAUCCAAAAUGCAAACAAAGAAGAUAUUUUGAAAAUUGUUGGUCCUUGUGCAACAUGUGGCUGUUUUGGCGAUGUGGAUUUUGAGGUGAAGACCGUUAAUGAAAAGCUCACAAUUGGAAAGAUUUCCAAGUACUGGUCAGGCUUUGUGAACGAUGUUUUCACCAACGCCGACAACUUUGGGAUCCACGUUCCUGCAGAUCUCGAUGUGACAGUCAAAGCAGCCAUGAUCGGUGCUUGCUUUCUUUUUGAUUUUAUGUUCUUUGAACAUUCACUGGCUGGAUUAUAACAAGCAAGAUGACAAAAGCAAUAAAAUAUGCAGAAUGUAUUUCAAAAUCCCCUGGGCUCUGGAUUUCAUUUCUGAAUGGUUUGACUAUUGGCUUUUUCGUUUUUUUUGUAACAAAAUGUUAAUUACUAUAUUUAUUAAAGCAUAAUGUAAUGAAGCA